CAUCCAUCAAGGGAAAUUACAGUAUUUUAGCACAUGAUCGACUAGAAACAUCCAAAAAACUGUCUUAAGGUAUAGCAGUUUCGAUCCCACGAUAUCUUUUUAUCUCUAAGAUCACACUUUAAAGAUUAUUUGUGUCAUAUGUUUUGUAUGAGACUCGAAGAAAUCUGUUUAGAACGUUUCGUGGGUUAGGACUUCAUGCAUCAUUAAUAUUUAACACCAAUACAUCAAAGCCGUCCCUGAUACGUAAGCACCACAAUUAACUACCGGUCCUUCGAGCUGAGCGGUUACGACUACCGUAGACUCUGUACUGCUGUGGUCUGUUCAACCUUGUUUGGGCUUUAUAAGUCAACCUGUUGACAAGGAUUAAGGUUCAAAAAGGGUUUUUAAGCCACAGGCUGUGUUUUUGUUUUGGUUCUGUUGGCUAAGACCUUUUGACAAUCCAUCACUAACUACUGAGCGCGUACCAGAGUUAUCAACAAUACCAGGAAUCGGUCUGACCAUGCAGCGAAGAAGAAAGAUUAGCUUGCAAGAGCAUUUUUUCGCCAAAGAUAAAUCUUUGGAUGAUAUCAGUGAAUGUGAAGACUUACAUGGAGCCAUUGGCACAAUAAAAGAAGAAGACGGCGAAGAAGAGACAGAAAGAAAAGCGAACUCUGGCGAUGAGAGCAACAAGGAUCAAGACAUGCCUUUCCUACACAAAGUAGUCGCUGAAGGAGACAUUCAAGUCUUAUCUAAAAUGAUCGAAAGUGGGGCAGAUAUUAAUGUUUGUGAUAGUGAUGGUUGGCCGCCUUUAAACACGGCGAUAAGACAAGGAAAGACUGAAUGCGCUGCACUUCUUUUAAAACACGGGGCUGGAGAUUUCUUCUUUCAAAGACAGAAGGAGCAAUAUGUUCAGAGAUUACAAACUUCGAAGCGUACACGAAGAAGAUCUCACUGGAUGUGAUUUGAAUUAUUCUAUAUUUCAUCACCUAAAUAUACGGGAUUUUUGCCUGAAAAAUUAAGAUGUUAUCAACCAGAUUGCUUCUAAACUUAUCAAUCAAAACAUAGCGGAGUUAUUUAUUGUUUCCGGUCGACUGUUUCAUACUCUUGGAAUGCUAACUUGAAGGUUCUUCAGGAAGCACCAGUCAUCAAAGACAACAUAGUACAUCCAGAGAUUAAAAACAAAUUAGAUUUCAAGCAACACUAGGCUCAAAAAUAUUUACACUCUUUGAUAUUAGUUAUCGUAAGUUAAUGUUUAGCCAUUGCCCCAUUACCACCCAAGAGUUUGUGAUGACAGAAUGAGAUUGUACAAAUAUGGGACACGUGUUUAUGGCAUACGUACAAAUAGGUCUGGCAAUUAUGACCUUGUGUUUGUUGCCAAUAAACUUGAAACCCUAUAAUACUGUUUUUCGAUAUUCCGCUAGCAUAAAAUCAAAUCUAGUUUUUAUAAUUUAACUUAUCAAUUGUCAUUAAAAUGCUUAGCAAAUAUACUCAUAUGGGCCGGAAUAGUUAUCGAUUUUACUGGCUAUUUAGGUUAGCCGCUCUGGGAUUUAAGUAUUCUUUCCUAAGCAUUAAUUUGGUCAGAUGAUUAUAUAGGCACACAAGCAAUCCCUGCCAAAACACACACAUCUUUCACGUGCACUUUACCUCUGGUAAUUUAAAGUGAGACAAAGCUGUAGCAACACAGAAAGUUCUCAAAAUCAUUAAAAAAAGCUUCACUGGUAA